AUGGCGACCGUACUCGGCAAGCGGAAAUCGCGGUCUGCCGCCGCCGCAGAGCCCGCCGUCUCGGAAGAGGAGGCCCAGGCCAUCUUCCGCCGACACUUCGAGGCGCAGUUCGCACCGCUCCCCGACAGCAAGCCAGGGAAGUCUUCGGCCUCCGCAGAGGACGAUAGUGAAGAGGAGGAGGACGACCGGGCAGAUUCCCUUCUGUCGCUGUCAGAAGACGAAGAGGCAGAUGGCGACGAGUGGGACGGGCUCUCGGAGUCGGACGAGACCCCCGAGGCAGCCGCCGUCGAAGUCGAAGUCGUAGACCACACCAAACCCUCGACCGCCAACCCGCUGGCCGCGGCGCUCUCGAAACGCGAGGCCAAGGCCUACUUGUCGUCGCGCGUGCCGACGUCGCUCGCCUCGUCCGCGUCGGCCGCGAGCAAGGCCAAGGCCAAGCCGACGCCGACCGAGGAGGACAGCGCGGACCUGCUGAAGAACGACCUGGCGCUGCAGCGGCUGCUGUCCGAGUCGCACCUGUUCAACCCGUCCAAGGUGUCGUCGUCGCUGAUCGGGACCAGCGUCGACACGACGGCGCACGCGGGCCGCAACCGCCACCUGGCCACGGACCUGCGCCUGGCGGCCCUGGGGUCCAAGGCCAGCAUCUACAAGCAGGCCAAGAUGCCCAUGGCCCACCGCAAGGGCAUCGAGGGCGCCGCCGCCGCCCGCGAGUCCAAGCGCCGCCGCGAGGCCAAGGAGAACGGCAUCAUCCUCGAGCGCCCCGCCGCCGCCAAGGUCAAGAAGGGUGACCGCCGCCUCGGCAGCCGCGACCGCGCCGUCGACGCCCCCGCCGUCGGCAAGCUGCGCAACGGCAUGUUGCGCCUGAGCAAGCGGGACGUCGAGGAGAUCCAGGGCAGCGGCGGUGGUGGUCGUGGUGGGAAGAUGAAGCGCCGGCGCAGGUGA